GGAUGCAAGCCAACUCGUUAAGGAUUCUUCCCAGAGUGCCUCCAUACCUGCUUCCAUCACCAGUCUUGCUACUCUGCAUUACCUUGAUCUCACUAACUUUGAUCUGGUGGGGCCCAUUCCAUCCCUCGCCAGUCUCACCGGCCUCACCCACUUAGCUAUUGGGCCGCUUGACGGCAGCAGGUUGACUGGCACUGUGGACGGACUGGCCCGGCUCUCCUCCCUCACCAACCUGCAAACACUGAGUCUACAGCACUUCCAGGCAUUCAGUGGGGACUUCUCCCCCCUCCAUAUUCUUUCUCACCUGAAGAAGCUUCAGCAGCU